AUGUCUGAGGUACCAACAAGAUCUUUUAUGGAUGAUCCAAAUAUUAAAUGGAAAUCAGGGAAGCCUAACUAUGACUUGGUGAACGAAAAAUAUUUGAAGGAGAAAAAGUCAAAUCAUCCUGUUGACUCGCUUGAGAAACUUGUUGAGAACGCAGCCAAAACCUUUGAAAUGGAGAGCACACAUAAGAUGGAUCUAAAUGAAUGGGGCUCCAUAGCUGACAAAGAUACAUUCAAGUUCAUUGUAAAUGGCAACUACGAGUUCAGUGCUGAAGAUUGUUUGAAUCGGGGAAACUACCAGAUGCUUCUCGCAGGCUGCCCACUUUACAACCUCAACGCUCAUACUUGUGAAACGUCACUCGCCUUAUUCCAGAAAGCAUUCGAUCAGGGAUUUGCCUGGGAGCUGACAGAGCUAUUUUCAGGACCCCCGAAGAUCGUGUUUUCUUGGCGACAUUGGACAAACUGGACUGGAAAACUCGGCAACCGCGAACCAACAAAUGACUAUAUUGAAAUGACUGGCAUGUCAAAGGUUAUUGUGAAUGAUGACUUGAAAAUGAUAUCGGCUGAAGUAUUCUAUGAUCCGAAUCCUAUGAUGGCCAAACUGUUAGGGCUUGAGGAACAUGCAAACAAAGAUUUCCCCAAGCCAACAGAUAUGUGA